AUGGCGGAGGGGAGGGAGGAGCUCGUGCACUUGGUGAGGCUGGCGGAGAAGGCGGAGAGGUACGAGGAGAUGGUGGAGUUCAUGGAGAAGGUGGUGGCGGCGCUGCCGGAGGCGGAGGAGCUCACAGUAGAGGAGAGGAAUCUUCUCUCCGUGGCCUACAAGAACGUGAUCAGCUCCCUCAAGGCCUCGUGGAGGAACACCUUCAUCCGCGAGCAGAAUAUCAAGAGCCACGGCGAUGGGGACCGCGUGACCGCCAUCCGCGAGUACCGCGCCGAGCUCGAGUCCGAUCUCAACUCCCUUUGCGAGGGGAUCUUGCGGCUCCUGGACACACGCCUCAUCCCCUCCGCCACCGCCGACGACUCCAAGGUCUUCUUUUUCAGAAUGAAGGGCGACUAUCUCCGCUACCUUGCCGAAUUCAAGACCGGCGACCCCCGCAAGGACGCCGCCGAGAGCGCGCUCUCCGCCUUCAAGGCUGCUCAGGUCGGCUACACCGCCUCCUCGUUCUUCCUUCAUUCUCUGUCGUAAUCACGUCUGUCUGCUUGGGCCGCCUUCAUCCGCUGUCGCAAAGUUCAGUCUUCCUUUCGUGGAAUCUAUCACAUGCGGAUUUGAUUUGUUCUGAGAACAAGUGAAUCUCUGCGCUCUCGUUUACCAGGCUUUCCUUCCGAUUGAUUCCACCUUCUUUCAUCUAUCUUGAGUUCGUCACUGUCUUCUCUGACGAAUAUGCUUGGAACAUUCCCCAGGAUAUCGCGGAGGAGAAGCUACCCCCCAUGCACCCCAUCAGGCUUGGCCUGGCCCUCAAUGUCUCAGAUUUCUACUUCCAGAUCCUCAAAUCGCCCGAAAUAGCCUGCACACUCGCCGAGCAGGUGUGUGUGCGGGAUUAUCUCCCAUCUCUUCGUCGAACUGUGAUUAUCUAAAUGGGUAUCAUCAACAUCCUCGUGAUCCUCAGGCAUACGAAGGAGCCCUUGCGGAGCUAAUGGCGUGCGAGGGGGGACUAUCACACACGAAGGACAGCAUUCCCAUAAUGCUGCUCCUCCGCGACAAUUUGUCGCUGUGGACUGGCAAGCAGGUUCAGGAAUUUUCUUCUUCUUCUUCUUCUUCUUUUUGA